AUGGCGCUCAACUCGCAUAUUUUCUACAACAGCGAGUUGAGGCCCGCCUCGCGCUCCUCAACCGUGUAUGAAUGCCAAACAGACGGACCUACCGAUCGCUUUUAUCAACAUCAUCGGCGAAUCGGUACAGUCGUGACAGGUUGUCAGAGCAACCCGGUCGAAGCUCGCGCAGUCGCCGUAAUAGAACGCCUUCUUCUGGCGUCGUCCAUCUCAGCGAAAACAUCAUGGGUCAUCUGCCUCUACCGAGAUCAACUUUAUCAAAUUGAGUCCGCGCUAGAAGGAUCCAACGUUGCGAUCAAACCGUACAAUCCCAAGCGCCUCAAUGUCGCCCUCUCCAGAGCUCGCGACGGUAUGUUAAUCUGGGUUCGGUUGUGCACUUCGAGGUGGGCAGGGAGCGAUGGAGUGCGCCAAACCCUAACUCAUGGAAUCGGCGAUGAAACGGAGAUAGCGAUGGGACCCGAAUAA